UUCGCGUUUGGCCACGCCCACUUUGAGGGCGUGGUCUGGUGCCACUCGCGGCGGCGGCGGCGCGAGGAUGUUCUACCACAUCUCUCUGGAGCACGAGAUCCUGCUGCACCCGCGCUACUUCGGGCCCAACCUGCUCACCACGGUCAAGCAGAAGCUCUUCACCGAGGUGGAGGGGACCUGUACCGGCAAGUACGGCUUCGUGAUCGCGGUGACGACGAUCGAUAACAUCGGGGCGGGGGUGAUCCAGCCCGGACGCGGCUUCGUCCUUUACCCGGUGAAGUACAAGGCCAUCGUCUUCCGCCCCUUCAAGGGAGAGGUGGUCGACGCCGUCGUCACCCAAGUCAACAAGGUUGGGCUCUUCACGGAGAUCGGCCCCAUGUCCUGUUUCAUCUCCCGCCAUUCGAUCCCCUCGGAGAUGGAAUUUGACCCCAACUCCAACCCCCCCUGCUACAAAACUGUGGAUGAGGAUAUCGUGAUCCAACAGGACGACGAGAUUCGCCUGAAGAUCGUGGGGACCAGAGUGGACAAGAACGACAUCUUCGCCAUUGGCUCUUUGAUGGACGAUUACCUGGGUCUUGUCAGCUGAGCGCAAUGGAACAACUAUGACCCCCCCUAAAGCUCCGUUUGUACCCUCCCCCACGGUGCCCCCCCCCCAAUUUGUGUGCUCCCCCC